AUGCCUUGCUUCAAGGGUCUUGCUGUGAGCAUACAUACACCAAACGGUCCCCUGCCCGAGCACUCAGUCCAAAAAACCUCUCGCCUGUCUCGGAUCAGCACCUACAUCCCCGUUCCUCCUGCGCGGAUACCUGCCGACUCCACCACGGGCAAACCUGAGCAGUCAACCUUCGCAAUUUCCAUCACCCUCCUCACUCCCAAUCAAGAGGUUCCAUAUUCUACGCCCAAGAGCACUCCCGAGAAGCCCAACCCGAAACCUAAGCUUGUUGGAGGACUGCCGGGUCACACAAGUGAUAUCACCAAAUCCCUCGCUACGAUCAGUCCAUAUGUUCCUCUCACGACUUCUCCCAAUGAGACCAUCGCUGCAUACAUCUAUUUCGACGGCAGAGUCAAAGAAGAAGUGGCCACUCUACUGAGGAAAGGCGAAGAAACAUGGGUCAACUCCCGGUGGGUCAGUGUCCCUGAAAAAGAGGGAGGUGGACUUGCAGAAAGAGAGUUCUUGUUCCGUGAAGUUGGCCUUGAGCGAUGGUUGAACGGUCUUGACCUCGAUGGCAAAGACGCAGCCGCGACCAUCGAGAGACGACGACAGAAGAUGGAAAAGAGAAGACGGAAGCGCAAGGACGGAAAUGCCAGCGAUGACGACACCAAUGGUGGCCUGAGUUCUGCUAGAAGAAGGAGAAAUACUAUGCGCUACAGCGAAGAUGGUGAUCUCCAAGAUGUGUCGGACAACGAAGCGUCUCUGAGUGACUCAGGAUCGUCAGAUGACGACGACGACCCCAUCCCAGAAACUGCUGGACAAAUCAAAGUCGCUCUUUUCCGAGUGUUGGCCUCUGGUGAAAUCAAGCGUGGAGAAUAUUCACCUCAGUUUGAUGCUCAUGAUGACGAUGAAGAUUCCGAUGAGAAACAGGCGGCUAAUAAGAAUGGAGACGGCACUGGCCGAGCCGAUGUUGACCACACGACAAGCUUCGCCAAACCAAAGACCUUAGAUCCAAAGACCAUUUCCACCCAGACUGUUACUGGCAUUGAUCCGACUGACAAACCAUAUGCCGUCUUUACCUUCCUUUAUCGUGGAGAGCGUCAGCUUCAGAAGAUGGGAAUUCUCCCAGGCGCCAAGACAGACAAAGUUGCCACCACUACAAAGAGACGUAGUAUAGCCGCAGACAUACCAAAGCUUGGACCUUUGAAGAAAGAAGGUGGUGCUGGGUUCUCCAAGUUCCGAGACAUUGAACCUCGACAGACCCGAAAGACUAAGCGCACCAGCGACGAUGACAUGGAAAGUGAAAGCGACGAGGACGCCGGUAUCAUUGGCAAGAUGGAAGAUAUUAACGAUGCUGAUGUGAAGAAGGAUUCCGGCAUGUUAUCUCCCGAAGAUGCCGAACGGACUGGCCAAGUCGCGGAGGGAAUUCGUAAAAUGAAGGUAAGAGAUCCCUCGCCGUUGAAAUUCCGGCAUGGGCUAAGAUAUCAUCAGCUCAAAAGGCAGCAUUCGGCCGAGCCCUUGAAUAGCAAUGGUGUGACUGAGGCACGUAAGACCUCGAAAUCGGGAAGCCCUUCGGCCGCAUCGACGCCGAAAAUCGGGGACGAUCUCAGCACUUCUCCCGCUGGAUUCAAUUCCUCCGCCCUCGGAACAAGUCUUGAUACGAAAAAGGAGGAUGAGAGCUUCAUGGUUGGUAGUCCAAUGAAGAGACAAAGAGCGUCGGUCGCAGAAUUUGACGACGAAAUCAAGAGACGACUCGCGGCCGGUUCUUCAACAUCAGCCAGUACCAUCGGUGAAGUGCUCGGUUCUUCAUCCACAUCGAAUUCCGCCGGAAUCCAGUUUGGUGGAGUACUGGUCAAGGAACCCGAUCAAGAUGACGACGAACUAUGA